GUGACGUCAUUCCCUGGCGACUGGAAUCGUUCAAAAACAUUAACCCAUUUGAUAUUUCGGUAUUACGCGAGUAUUUUGUCGGGGAGCGGAACAUAAUGGCCUUGGAAACGGUCCCCAAAGACCUCCGCCAUCUGCGAGCCUGUCUUCUGUGUUCGUUAGUGAAGACCAUCGACCAGUUUGAAUACGACGGCUGUGACAACUGUGAGUCCUACCUUCAGAUGAAGGGGAACCGGGAGAUGGUCUACGAAUGCACGAGUUCCUCAUUCGAUGGUGUGAUAUCCAUGAUGAGCCCUGAGGACAGCUGGGUAGCUAAAUGGCAGAGGAUAGGCAACUUCAAGCCGGGUGUAUAUGCCGUGUCGGUGACCGGCAGACUACCUCCAGGUGUGGUGAGAGAGCUGAAAAGCAGGGGAGUGAUCUACAAAUCCAGAGACACGGCAGUGAAGACGUAAACUGGUCGGCUUCCAGUGGUCUGUUCAGCCCCAGCAGAGCGGGAGAAGACUGCAGGUCGAGCUCCAGACAGAAGGAACAACAGGGGGACGGCAUCACGUCUGGCGUCCUGAGGAACCGCCUUUCAACUGUCUGUUUAUGUUGUGCGAUUAGAAAUAAUAGCAUUGGUGUUUAUAGGGGAGAAGAUGUUUUUUAAUGUUUUUUUAUUUCUUUGGAUAAUUGAGUAUAAAAUUAAAAUGAAGGUCUGUUUUUUAAAGAAAUGUAAGUAAUUGUUUUGAGCUCAGUAAACACUCUGAUAUUUGCUGAUUCAG